AUGAGGAUAGAAGGAGAAAAAGGUGUGAAAACACAAUCCGCGCCAAAACAUUGGCCGCGGACGCGCAAAAGUGAAUUUUGGCCGAGCAAAUUCCAAUCUGGCCGACCGUACGGUCGAGCCGGGAAGGAAAAGCCGUGCUCGGCCGGAUUCUACUUCGCGCGACAGAAACGUUCGCGCGGCACGCACGAACCGGGAAAGAACAGGCCGCGAUCGGCCGAUUCGUAUCGGAACGGACCGACCGUGCCGGUCGAUCCGGGAAACAACGCUCGGCCUCGGCCGAAAUUCUCUCGCCACGAAUUUGGCCGACCAAAUCGCUCGACCGCGACAAAAUCCAUCGGCCACAAAUUUUCUCGGCCAAGGUACACAAUGGCAAAGACAAAAGGAAAUGAGAGUAUGAAGAAGAAGAAGAACCCAUUCAUGGAACCACCAAAGAAACAAAUCAAGCUAGGGAGUAGUAGCUCCAAUGCAAGAGCAGCAAUACCAACUUCACCACAUUCCAUUGAUGCAAUCAAGAACAUGUGGAGAGUCCAAGAAGAGGAGAAGAUGAUUGGGCACUUGUAA